UGCCCGGGAGGCGCCACUGGAAGCGGAAGUAGCGGAGGGCGCGUUUGCAACGGCUUGGGUAGCAGCCCGGCAGUGUGCAGGUUCGCCGUGCCCUGGCGGGAGCCGCGAGGUGCUGCCCCGUGAGUGGAGAUAUGGAGGGAGAUGGCUCAGACCCAGAGCCCCCCGAUGCUGGGGAGGACAGCAAGUCCGAGAACGGGGAGAAUGCUCCCAUCUACUGCAUCUGCCGCAAGCCGGACAUCAACUGCUUCAUGAUUGGGUGUGAUAACUGUAAUGAGUGGUUCCAUGGAGACUGCAUUCGGAUCACUGAGAAAAUGGCCAAGGCUAUCCGGGAGUGGUACUGUCGGGAGUGCCGAGAGAAAGACCCUAAGCUGGAGAUUCGCUAUCGGCACAAGAAGUCACGGGAUCGGGAUGGCAAUGAGCGGGACGGCAGUGAGCCCCGGGAUGAGGGUGGAGGGCGCAAGAGACCUGUCCCAGAUCCAGACCUGCAGCGCCGGGCAGGGGCAGGGGCAGGGGUUGGGACCGUGCUUGCUCGGGGCUCUGCUUCGCCCCACAAAUCCUCUCCACAACCCUUGGUGGCCACACCUAGCCAGCACCACCAGCAGCAGCAGCAGAUUAAGCGGUCAGCCCGCAUGUGUGGCGAAUGUGAGGCCUGCCGGCGCACUGAAGACUGUGGCCACUGUGACUUCUGUCGGGACAUGAAGAAGUUCGGGGGCCCCAACAAGAUCCGGCAGAAGUGUCGGCUGCGCCAGUGCCAGCUGCGGGCCCGGGAAUCGUACAAGUACUUCCCUUCCUCGCUCUCGCCGGUGAUGCCCUCAGAGUCCUUGCCACGGCCUCGCCGGCCAUUGCCCACCCAACAGCAGCCACAGCCAUCACAGAAGCUGGGGCGCAUCCGUGACGAUGAGGGAGCAGUGGCAUCAUCAACAGUCAAAGAGCCUCCCGAGGCUACAGCCACACCUGAGCCACUCUCAGAUGAGGACCUACCGCUAGAUCCUGACCUGUACCAGGACUUCUGUGCAGGGGCCUUUGAUGACCAUGGCUUGCCCUGGAUGAGUGACACAGAAGAGUCCCCAUUUCUGGACCCUGCGCUGCGAAAGAGGGCAGUGAAAGUGAAGCAUGUGAAGCGUCGGGAGAAGAAAUCUGAGAAGAAGGUGAUGGAGAGGAUAAAAUGGAAAGAGGAGAGAUACAAGAGGCAUCGGCAGAAGCAGAAGCACAAAGACAAGUGGAAACACCCAGAGAGGGCCGAUGCCAAGGAUCCUGCAUCGCUACCACAGUGUCUGGGGCCUGGCUGUGUGCGUCCUGCCCAGCCCAGCUCCAAGUAUUGCUCAGAUGACUGUGGCAUGAAGCUGGCAGCCAACCGCAUCUACGAGAUCCUCCCCCAGCGCAUCCAGCAGUGGCAGCAGAGUCCUUGCAUUGCUGAAGAGCAUGGCAAGAAGCUUCUUGAACGCAUCCGCCGUGAGCAGCAGAGCGCUCGCACUCGCCUUCAGGAAAUGGAGCGCCGAUUCCAUGAGCUUGAGGCUAUCAUUCUGCGUGCCAAGCAGCAGGCUGUGCGUGAGGAUGAGGAGAGCAAUGAGGGCGACAGUGAUGACACGGACCUGCAGAUCUUCUGUGUCUCCUGUGGGCACCCAAUCAACCCACGUGUUGCCCUGCGCCACAUGGAGCGCUGCUAUGCCAAGUAUGAGAGCCAGACGUCCUUUGGGUCCAUGUACCCCACACGCAUUGAAGGGGCCACACGACUCUUCUGUGAUGUCUAUAAUCCUCAGAGCAAGACAUACUGCAAGCGGCUCCAGGUGCUGUGCCCUGAGCACUCACGGGACCCCAAAGUGCCAGCUGAUGAGGUAUGCGGGUGUCCCCUUGUACGUGACGUCUUUGAGCUCACAGGUGACUUUUGCCGCUUGCCCAAGCGCCAGUGCAAUCGCCAUUACUGCUGGGAGAAGCUGCGGCGUGCUGAAGUGGACUUGGAGCGUGUGCGUGUGUGGUACAAGCUGGAUGAGCUGUUUGAGCAGGAGCGCAACGUGCGUACUGCCAUGACAAACCGAGCAGGAUUGCUGGCCCUGAUGCUGCACCAAACAAUCCAGCAUGACCCACUCACUACGGACCUGCGCUCCAGUGCUGACCACUGAGCUUCACUGGUCCAGGCCCCCUAACACCCUGCAUUCCAGAUGGGGAACUGCCCCGAAUCCCCCAUGUGUUCGUUCCUUCAUCUGUUGCAACCGUCCCUGUUUCCUCUUCUUUCCCUGAGGCCAUUCGCCAUUUGACUGCCCAUGUGCCCUUAUCAGAGGGUCUGAGUUUCCCUCUGUCUUACUCCUCUGUCUCUCCAUUUUCACUGCCCGCGUGGGACGGUGGAGUCUGCUCAUCCUUGCCUCCUGCCUCCCUGGGUUUUGUUAAUAAAAUUUUGAAGAACCAAGGAA